AUGAGAACAACGGGAUGGAAUGACACGGCAGGAGGCGAGGGACGGACCAUCCUAGAACAGGUCGGAGAGUAUCUGAGCGAGCAGGGGCGCCGGCCAGGGGGCUCUACGGCGGGCGAGUGGGACGAGGCGGAGCAGACCGAGCAUGAGCGCGAGCGGCGAGAUAAGGGCGAUCAGAUGGCGGGUCCCGGGAGCCACUUCCUGGAUUUCUCGCUGCUGGACGAGGGAAACGAGGUGGGCGACAAGGAGCGGCUGCGGCAGAGGGCCGCGGUGUUUUCUCCUGUGAUGUCGCCGAUGCUGCACAUAUAUGGCUCCGUGUCGAACACGCCGCUGCUGACGGCUGACAAGGCGCACGCGAGCCAGAACACACCGCACCUCCAGGGCGCGGGGGCCGGGAGCGCGCUCCAGGGCCAGGGCAUGUCUCCGCUGUCGUCGCCCGCGCUCGGGGCAGGGGCAGCCACUGCGCCGGCGGCAUUCAGCCUGCCGGAGGCGGCGGCGGGCAUCGUGUCGCGCAAGUGCGCGGCGGGCAGCGCGCGCCCCGCGAAGAAGACCCCCCACUCCACGCCGUACCUGGGAGCGACCCCCGGCAAGGUGGUCAAGCAGUCUCCACUGGUCGACGCGAAGAAGAGCAAUGGGUCGACCGUCUCAUCGGGCUCCUCAUCCAAGUACAAAAACCACACCUGGGACGACAUGUUUUGCCUGCCGACCAGCUCAAUGGGCAUUGGCGGCCACAGCUCGCUCGGCAGCACCCCGGACGACAGCCUGCGCGCGCCCCUCGACGGCUCCGACGACCUGCACGACGCGCGCAAGCCUGCACCGGGCCUUCCGCGCUUCAUACUGCCCUCCAACAACCCUCAGCGACAGCUGCCCCCUCCGCCCUCCGACUCUGUUAUCCAUGCGUCGCAAUCCCCAGUCAUAAAGCCCAAUUACGCAGGCAAGCCCCCCGGAUUCGUGUCCGCGCGCAGCGUCCGUACCCUGUCAGGGGGCGACGCGAACACCGGCGACGAGUUCAUCAAGAAAGAAGUACACAAGGUCGCCGAGCAGGGCCGCCGCAAUAGGCUGAACAAUGCUCUGGCCGAGCUCAACGAUCUCCUGCCGCCAGAGCUCAAAGAGUCAGCCCAGGUACCGUCCAAGGCUACCACAGUGGAGCUGGCUUGUAAAUACAUAAGACAGUUGACUGGUCAACAAAACUAA